AUGGUGAUGGCAACAGACACAUUGAGCUGUCGUAUUCAGUACGUGGAUGAUUCAGAUCCAUUUGCCACAACUUCAAGUUCACAUUUGGAACCAAAUCGUCCCGUGAUGUACAACUUUGCAAUUCAUCAACCAAUUGGUGAACAACUACCUGAAAUUAUUCGUACUCUUCGAGCACCUCACAAAGCUAAUAGUGCUGCGUUACAAAUAUAUAAGUAUGAAGGCAGUGUCGGUGAUUAUGAGAAAAACAAACAGAACAAAGUUGCAGAUAAAUUGCUCUAUUCGAACGGCCGUGACCAGCGAAGAGCUCUUUUUUCACUGAAACAAAUUUUUCAGGAUGACAAAGAUUUAGUGCAUGAAUUUGUACAGAACGGAGGUUUAGAGUGUUUGAUAAAGCUUGGAAGGCAUGCUGAUCAGAAUCAUCAGAAUUAUAUUCUUAGAGCAUUAGGUCAAGUUAUGCUUUAUGUGGACGGUAUGAAUGGUAUCAUUGCUCACAUUGCCACGAUUCAAUGGCUGUAUGAGUUGCUCGAUUCAUCGUACCGAUUAGUGGUGAAAACUGCUUUGAAGUUAUUGCUAGUAUUUAUCGAAUAUACGGAUCACAAUGCGCUUUUGUUGAUGUCGGCCGUUUCUAAAAUCGACAAAAACAGAAGUAAUUUUUUUUUCAAGGAUAUGAAUGUGAACUUUUGUUUGCAUUGGGUUUUUUACAAUGAUACUUAUUACGAUGUUGUGGAUGCUUUGGAAUCGCAAGGCUUGGAAAAUGCUAUGAAGCAAAUGCUGAAACUUGGCCACAAAGAUCUCAAAGACCAGUGCAAACUUUAUGAAAAAGUACUCAAACAAGAGGAUGAAGCCGAAAGUAGUGAUGAAAGCGUUGUUAAAAUGAGAGUGCAGGCAUCGCCAUCGGUUAAUCGAAGGAGCGCAAUUCGCCGGCGACAUCAGGAAUCCUUGGCUCGCCAGCAGGAGCAUUAUAAUUUUCAUAAGCUUAAUGCUGUCAACAAUAAUAUUCAAAAGUUUGAAUUGUAUGUUCGAGCUCCUCCGCCAUCAUUUCCAACAACUCUGUUCUCUCCAACUGAAGACAAACGAAUAGAAUUCCCAGAAAUGACUAAGAAAGAAGCGGAACCGACGAGAGUAUCCCCACCAAAGGCCAAAGUAUUUGGCGGAAACGCAUUUGCGGCGCAAUUGCGUCGCCGAGCCCUGAAGCGGGAACAGAAUGCUGCAUUGUUUGAACCAAAGCAGAAUGAAGCCGAAAUACAAUGGAAAAAGGCUGCAGAAAAUUUCAAGUCGAAACCGUUAAUUAUUAAUGAUUUGGAUUUUUCUGAAUUUCACAAAGAUGAGUUUGAGCAAGAUCCCUUGGUGAUGGCUCGAUUAGCAGCAAUUGCACAGGAUAAAGUUUCAGUGCCUAUAGGAGGCGCACCUCCAGCACCACCACCAUUACCGGUUGCAUUGGGAGCACCUCCACCUCCACCUCUUUUGGCUCCUCGUGUUGGUGUCAGUCAGGCAACUCGAGAUCCUAGUCCAGUGUCGAAGACGGGAACGCUGAAAUUGCACUGGAAGCCUGCGCAAUCUGAAUUACCACCUGUUCCAUCACUUAGAAAUAAGGGAACAUUCUGGCAUAAGUUGGACUUGCCCCAAAUUGACACUAACAAGUUGGCACAACUUUUCGAACAAAAGAGUAAAGAAACCUCUCGCCUCAAUGGUGAACACAGAAUGCAAACUCUACAAGUGCUACCUUUGAAACGUUCUCAGGCAAUUAAUAUUGGGCUUACGAAGCUACCACCCAUAAAUGUGAUUCCAACCGCGAUUAUGAAAUUCGAUUCAUUGGUACUGAACAAGGAAGGUAUUGAAAAGAUCUUGAGUACAAUGAUGCCGAGCCCAGCGGAAAUAGAACAAAUUGAGUUGAAAAUGGCGGAAAAUCCAGACGUUCCGUUAGGUCAAGCCGAGCAGUUCCUGUUAAAACUUGCCCAAAUACCAUGCUUACUGGAAAGACUUAGGCUUUGGGUGUUUACACUGGAUUAUAAAAAUUGUGAAAAGGAUAUUGCUGAACCUUUGAUGGAUUUACAACUGGCCAUGAAGGAAGUAGAAGAGUCAAAAACAUUUCGUACUGCUAUGGGAAUGUUAUUAAUUAUUGGGAAUACUCUAAAUGGGACCAAUAUCAAAGGUUUCCAGCUGGAUUAUUUAACUAAGGCAUCAGAGGUGAAAGAUCCGGUUUACAAGCAUACAUUGACCUAUCAUUUAGCUGAAUACAUGAUUGAGCAUUAUCCAGAUGGCACCGACUUAUAUUCUGAAUUUGGUGCAGUCGCUCGAACUGCUAGGUUCGACUAUGAUGAGUUAGAAUCGAACCUUAAAAAAUUAGAACACGACUGCAAAGCAUCAUGGGAUUACUUGGGAAAAAUCAGCAAAAACGACAGCUCGUCAUCAAUGAAGCAAAAAAUCAACGAUUAUUUAAACGAUGUUGCACAACGAAUCCAUCAACUGAAAGCAAUCUACAGAAUUGCUUUCAAUAGGUGGCAUGCCUUUCUACUCUUUUUUGGAUACAGCGUGCAGGAAGUACCCAAGUUAAAACCGAUGAGUGUUUUCAAGAUGGUCAAUGAAUUUGCUCUCGAAUACCGCACAACACGAGAUAAAAUUUUGCAACAGCGGAAACGUCUCGCAGAUAAGCGGGAACGGAAUAAAACUAGAGGUAAGAUGUGGGUAUUGGAAAGUCAGAACGUCAAGGAUAAUGUAACUCACUCUUAUUAUCCUACCCCUAUUUUAGAAUUUUUCUUAGCUGCUCCUGAUCGAACGUCAUCUGGGGUAAUAGGUCAGCGGGAAGGUAAGUCUCUAAAGUCGCUUACACGACCGGUGGAUGUUGUAAGUCCUGGACAAGAAUCUCCUGAUGACGAGAUCCUUGACGGUUUGGUGAAAGCCGCCACCAUCCAAAGUGAGCCAAGAGACCAUCGUCGCAAAGCUAGGCAGUUCAAUCGCAAAUCUUUGAGACGUACAAGAACUCUUAAGCUCUUCGACGAGCAACCGGGUGGCACCCUCACUAGUGCCUAG